AUGGCAUCCAUGGUACGCCACUACUCUCUUUCCAAUCCUCCGCCGGUCGAGGGCGCGCUGGAUGGCCGCGAGACAGUGCACGAGGCGGAGAUACUGGAGGUGCAAGCUCUCCAGGCAGAGCGCGAUGGCGAAUGCGGGCGCGGUGUACUGCUCAUGGAGCGCGCGCUGCAGAUUCGCUGCCACCUGGUGAACCGACUGCGCGAGAAAUGGGCCAGUGCUGCGUCAGGGACGGGCUCGUCGUCGGCCGCCGGCGCUCAUCGCGUGUCUGUCUUCGCUAAUGCGGAUGCGAUGGGUAAAGAAGAGCUUCUUUUGGAGUAUCAGACCCAAUGCGGUGAGCUCUACGACACGGCCGAGCGCCUUGUGGUUCGCUGCAACGGGCUCGCUGUCGAGCACUUUAAGCGAGGCGCAUUCUCGGAAGCCAGCCCACUGCUCGAGUACGCGAUGCAGUUAACGGAGGAUGGGGCGUACCCGCUAUGCGAGGUCGAUGAGCGACGGCGGCACUUGCGCGGGGUCACGCUCAACAACCUCGGCUGCAUGGAGCGCCGCCGCGGCCACUUCUCCGAGGCACUACAGUACAUGAAGUCGUCGAUGGAGAUGACCGGGGUCGAGUCACCUGUGGCAUACAUGAACACCAGCGCUAUUCUUAUCCAGCUGCGGCUCAGCGACGAGGCGGUGCGCAUGGCGGAGCGCUCCAUCGAGCUACUUUACCAAACACCCGAGGACCCGUCACUGCUGGCAGUGGCGCAUCACAACCUGGCCAUGGCACUCGAGCCGGUUGAUCCGGCACGGUGCUUGGAGGAGUAUGCGCUAGCAUACCGGACGGCCUGCUCCACGCUGGGCCCGGAGAGCGAGACGAGUCUCUGUAUUCAGCGCAGCUGGAGGCGGUAUGAGGCGACGCGCGUGCCCCCGGCAACGGGGGCGUUUUUCAUGGGCGGUGAUGGCGCCGCUGCAUCUCGGCUGCGUAGGCUCGUUGCUGCCGCGCCAACCAGGCGUGCAUACACUGCACCGCAUCACUUGCCUGCAACGGUGCCGCGCACGCACACCGGCAAGAGCGGUGCUGGCUCCCCGAUGGACGUGAUAGAGCUCUUUCCGCACCCUUUUCUGCCCAGUGCGUCCGUCUCGUCCGCGCCGACAAAGACGCCGCGGGAUGUGACGCCGAUCUACCGCCCCGCAGUGGUGCCCCGUCGGCCUCUUGCCCCUGGACCGCCGCCAGGCGUAAGGGCGACCUCAUCCAGUCGCAGUCGUGAGCCACAGUCGCAGCCGCGCCACCAGCAGCAAGAGCAGCACCGACAGCCGCGGCGUCAGUAUGGGACGGAGAAAGUGAUGCGCUCCUCGCCACCAGCCUCCCGUACUGCGGUGGCGGCCCCACGACCGCCACCCACCAACCGGGCCAAGGAGGCUGCGGUGGCAGCCGGCAGCGGCCGCGUCGCCGCUUCAAUGACGCCGUCGCCCCCGCCCUCUCGCCAGAGGCAAGCGACCGCCCAGCGGCGCUACUCUCCUACGACACAAGCGCAAGAGUCGUCACGGCAGUCACCGCCGCGUACAGGCAACCGUCAGCAACGCUUGUCGGUGCAAAAGAGUACGGCGGAUGCGUGCCAAACCGCUAGCGGGUCACGAAAGCGGGAGAAGAGCACAUUGCACUACGCCAAUGACCGGCUCACAACGCAGGCAUCGUCCACCGCGCUGUCGUCUUCCGCUGCGCAGUCACCAGGACGCGGGCCACGUCCCCCCAUAAAGGAGAGCAGCAGCAGCAACCAUUCUCUCCCCAUGCCACUACCGCGAAACCUCCCGCCAUUGCAGACCGCCGUCGCUGCGGAGCCGCCUGCGGUGGCGCCGAAUUCGUCGUACUCCCGCUCGUUGCACGACGCCAAGGCGAAUGCGUCGCUUCCGUCCACCUCAGCGUCGCUUUCCCUCACGUCGGAUCCGCUGACAUUUCUGCAGAAUCGACUCGAAAUUCUCCUUCAAGACGAAGAAGAGCUAGAGCACAAGUACGUUCAAGCGACAGUGAUUCAGCGGUACUACCGCGGCCACCUGGCCCAUCGUCGUGUGGCAGCGCUCCGAGCUACCCGCGCGAGUUAUGCGCGGCUCGCCCAGCUGCGCUGCCAUAUUGCAGCACGUUGCAUUCAGCGAGCGUUUCGGCGCCACCGCCGUCACAGCCGCUACCCUCUUGCAGCUGGUCAGCUGGGCCGCUACGCAGCAGCCGGAGGCCGACGCGGUGCUCAGCACCAAGCGGCUACACUGCUGCAGCGAAUUGCGCGCGGUUGGCUGGCGCGGCGUCACUACGCGCAGCUGCGCAAGUACGCAUGUGAGAGUCCAGCUGCCGCGACUCGCAUCCAGCGCUGGAUUCGCGCACUGCAAGCGCGACGCCACUACGCAGUCUUGCUCGCCGCAAAGGCGGAGCAGGAUGCCGUGGCGCUGGAGCACGAACGUCGUCAGUACGCGGCGACUCGCAUUCAAGGCCAAUGGCUCACCCACCUGCAGCGCAGAGCAUGCCAGGCGGCCCUGCGCCACCGUAUGAUGGCCCGUGCCGCCGAGGAUGCCCGGUGCCGCAUGAGGGCGGCUAUCAUCAUCCAGUCAGCAUGGCGAGGGUACCAGGCGCGCCGGCUCUAUCAAGACACGUACUCGCGCACCUUCCAGCUGCGUACGGCCCGGCUGGAGUACCAGCGCCGUCGUCAGGCUGCUGUGCGACUUCAGGCAUUUGGGCGGAUGCUCAUAGCCAGGCAGCACGCAACGCCGCUGCUCACGGUCGCCCGCUUCCGAGCAGCGGCUGAGAUUCGAACCCGCAGCCAUGAAGGGCAGGCCGCUAUUAAGAUUCAGUGUGCCUACCGCCGCCACGUGGCUCAUCGAGUGUUUGUCACCAAGCGUGCUGCGCGCAAGAACCAGAUUAGUCAGGACCUAGUGCAGGUGCACACCACGACCGUGCAACGUGCGGGACGAGGCUACAUGGCGCGGAAAGACGUAGGGACCAAGCUGUCAGUGCUGCAGGCUGAGGCAGAGCGGUACGAGCGUCGUCUGCUGGCUUUGAAGCAGAAAGAGCUGGAGGCUGCACGCGCUGUCGCGCUGGCAGUUCAGCUCAGUAUCUCCGAACUACGCGAAUGCGAGGGUGAGCAGCGGCGUAUCCUUGCGCGCGCGGAGCAGCAGCAGUGGCACGACAUGCUCACACAGUGCAACGCACUCUUAGCGGCGACAAAGGAGACUGAGGUAGAGCAAGAGGCGAUGAAGGUGAUUUCAUCAGAGGCCUUACAUGACUUUUCCCGCAUCAUCAAGGCGAAGAAGCAGCGAGCCCAUCGCCAAGAGGCGCGCGACGCCUACCUGGACCAGUGCGCGGCAGAGGAUGCCGAGGCGCAUAAGGAGGCGAGCGCGCGCGUGGUAACUGACUUCAUGCGUAGCGCCGCCGCGCGCAGCACCUUGCGUAGCUUAGUCAAGACGAUGAGCUCGUACAACGACGCUCGUGCGAUGCAGGAGGAGGAUGAUAAGACGCCUGCGGCUGCGACGACGGAUGGGGCAGCCCCGAAGCGCCCGCUGACGGCGGAGCAGAUUGCGGCUGAGCGUGCUGAGCUGGACCGGCUGGAGCGCGAGGAGCUGCUGGCCUCUGAGGCCGCGGCGGCCCCGAAGCGCCCGCUGACGGCGGAGCAGAUUGCGGCUGAGCGUGCUGAGCUGGACCGGCUGGAGCGCGAGGAGCUGCUGGCCUCUGAGGCCGCGGCGGCCCCGAAGCGCCCGCUGACGGCGGAGCAGAUUGCGGCUGAGCGUGCUGAGCUGGACCGGCUGGAGCGCGAGGAGCUGCUGGCCUCUGAGGCCGCGGCGGCCCCGAAGCGCCCGCUGACGGCGGAACAGAUUGCGGCUGAGCGUGCUGAGCUGGACCGGCUGGAGCGCGAGGAGCUGCUGGCCUCUGAGGCCGCGGCGGCCCCGAAGCGCCCGCUGACGGCGGAGCAGAUUGCGGCUGAGCGUGCUGAGCUGGACCGGCUGGAGCGCGAGGAGCUGCUGGCCUCUGAGGCCGCGGCGGCCCCGAAGCGCCCGCUGACGGCGGAACAGAUUGCGGCUGAGCGUGCUGAGCUGGACCGGCUGGAGCGCGAGGAGCUGCUGGCCUCUGAGGCCGCGGCGGCCCCGAAGCGCCCGCUGACGGCGGAGCAGAUUGCGGCUGAGCGUGCUGAGCUGGACCGGCUGGAGCGCGAGGAGCUGCUGGCCUCUGAGGCCGCGGCGGCCCCGAAGCGCCCGCUGACGGCGGAGCAGAUUGCGGCUGAGCGUGCUGAGCUGGACCGGCUGGAGCGCGAGGAGCUGCUGGCCUCUGAGGCCGCGGCGGCCCCGAAGCGCCCGCUGACGGCGGAGCAGAUUGCGGCUGAGCGUGCUGAGCUGGACCGGUCGGAGCGCGAGGAGCUGGUAUGUAAGAGAGAUACCACAAGCGCGUACGAGGAAGAGGGACCUCCGGCUGCUGAUGAGUCGUUCACUUCGGCAGAUGCAUCUAUUAGUGCCAGUGCUUUGGUAGAUGUGAUGCUUGCUCGUCUGAAGGCCAUCUGGCAGGCCGAGGUGGCGGCAGAGAAGCAGCGCCGCCACCAACGCGAGGAGCUACAUUGGGCUAUCUUCGAACACAGGCAGCAGCGUAUCGCAGCCGCCGAAGAGGGAGAGGACCUUGCUCCCUAUCGUAUUAACCGGGUGCACCUGCAGAUGCCCUCCCCUGCUGCGCCGAAGAAGGCCCACCCGUCGCCUGCAGAGUUGUCCACAGCUAUGGGGAAUAGGUACCGUCACGAGCGCGCUGCACAGGAGCUUGCUGCUGUACAGUGCAUCGAGCGCUGCUUCAUUGGCUGGGGUGCCCGAAAGCACCUGAAGGCGUUGCUACGUGUGCUGGAUGAGUAUCUCAGUGCCCUGCAGGACUUUGACCGUCAUGAGGGACCGGUGCUUACCUACGCACGGCUACGCGAAGUACUAGCGCGUUACCCAGAUUUGCGAACGCGUGUUUCGCAGCUGCCCGUUUCCCUAUCCCCUCCUGAGCGUGCCGCCAUUGAAGACGGCAACUCAUCAGCUUCACCAGCAAUAUCACCAACCUCGAGGAAAACACUGCAAGCCUUUUCCUGCAUCAUCGAGGCGAAGAAGCAGCGAGCCCAUCGCCAAGAGGCGCGCGACGCCUACCUGGACCAGUGCGCGGCAGAGGAUGCCGAGGCGCAUAAGGAGGCGAGCGCGCGCGUGGUAACUGACUUCAUGCGUAGCGCCGCCGCGCGCAGCACCUUGCGUAGCUUAGUCAAGACGAUGAGCUCGUACAACGACGCUCGUGCGAUGCAGGAGGAGGAUGAUAAGACGCCUGCGGCUGCGACGACGGAUGGGGCAGCCCCGAAGCGCCCGCUGACGGCGGAGCAGAUUGCGGCUGAGCGUGCUGAGCUGGACCGGCUGGAGCGCGAGGAGCUGCUGGCCUCUGAGGCCGCGGCGGCCCCGAAGCGCCCGCUGACGGCGGAACAGAUUGCGGCUGAGCGUGCUGAGCUGGACCGGCUGGAGCGCGAGGAGCUGCUGGCCUCUGAGGCCGCGGCGGCCCCGAAGCGCCCGCUGACGGCGGAGCAGAUUGCGGCUGAGCGUGCUGAGCUGGACCGGCUGGAGCGCGAGGAGCUGCUGGCCUCUGAGGCCGCGGCGGUCCCGAAGCGCCCGCUGACGGCGGAACAGAUUGCGGCUGAGCGUGCUGAGCUGGACCGGCUGGAGCGCGAGGAGCUGCUGGCCUCUGAGGCCGCGGCGGCCCCGAAGCGCCCGCUGACGGCGGAGCAGAUUGCGGCUGAGCGUGCUGAGCGGGACCGGCUGGAGCGCGAGGAGCUGCUGGCCUCUGAGGCCGCGGCGGCCCCGAAGCGCCCGCUGACGGCGGAACAGAUUGCGGCUGAGCGUGCUGAGCUGGACCGGUCGGAGCGCGAGGAGAGAGAUGUCGAUGCAGGGGAGGUUAAGGCGUCGCAGCCCUUGGGGUUCGAGCAGCUGCUCGCAGAAGGUGCAGCAGUUGGCCAUCUUGAACGCUGGGAACAGAUAAGCUUCGAUGGCGGAGCGAGACAUCAUCCGCGACGACUGACCGAACAGCAGGUUGUGGUGGAGCGCUUGGCCCUGGACCAGCUGGACGACCUAGAGCAGGUGGCAAUGGAGCGCGGAAGGCUGGGCCGACUCAGCUGCGUGGAGCACAACGUGUUGAGUGCAGCUGCUCUUCUUGCACAGAGGGUGCAGGAGGAGCAUUGCAGCGCCGAUUCUGCGUACACCUCGACGUCGUCAUCGGUGAGGCCAUUCGAGCCACGGCAGCGGGAAGGCCUCACCAGCAGCGAGGCGGGUGGUCGCUUGUGGGUGUUUGCCAAGACCAUCCGAGACAAGAAGGACCUGCGCCAACGGCAAGCUGCCCGGGACGCUUAUCUGCAAGAGAUGCACAAUGAAAAUGCCAUUGAUACCGACGAAGAGGAGAAGCAGCAGGAGGAGCGCCCACCGACGCCCUCUUCGGGCGCAAUUACGUGGCGGCGCUGCAGCAACGAGGUUAGCGGCGACGAUAGAGAGAUGAUGAGCCAGGAGGCGUUGCACCAGCUGUACCAUCAAGAGCGCCGAUCCUUUGCCUCCUCGCUUGUAGGCGGCUUUGUCGAUAUUAUCAAGGCGAAGAAGCAGCGAGCCCAUCGCCAAGAGGCGCGCGACGCCUACCUGGACCAGUGCGCGGCAGAGGAUGCCGAGGCGCAUAAGGAGGCGAGCGCGCGCGUGGUAACUGACUUCAUGCGUAGCGCCGCCGCGCGCAGCACCUUGUGUAGCCUAGUCAAGACGAUGAGCUCGUACAACGACGCUCGUGCGAUGCAGGAGGAGGAUGAUAAGACGCCUGCGGCUGCGACGACGGAUGAUGGCAGCGGUGAGGGUGCGUACGCAACCCCUGCCGAGUCGUGUGAGCACUCCCCUUUGUCUGCGGCUCUCAGAAUCCAGCGCUUCUUCAGGGGCGUGCAGGCAAGGCGUCGAGUGCGAGUACUGCAAGAGGCACACCGUGCCUACCUCGAGGAGGAGCUUGCAGUAGAGGAGCUACUCUACUCAGCGGCGGUUGCCAUUCAGUGCUUGUACCGCGGCCAUCUGGCGCGUCGGCAGGCGGCCAUGAUCAUUGUGCAGCGUGAUCUCUACCUGUUGUCACUCCAGGAAGAGGAUUGGUUAGGUGGGGAUUCGAAGCGCGGAGAAGGGAGUGAUGCGUCCUUGCCAGCAGCUCUAUCGUUUUUUGCUUCCUCACCAAAGAGUGUCGCAGGCGGCGGAGCCAAGGCAGCGGCGACUCGCCCCUUUACCCCACGCCGCUCUUCCUCGUCAUCCUAUACUGGUCUGCGCGAAGUUGCCAGCACAGCCAUUGUGACCGAGGUGAAUGAGGCGGACGAGGCAGCGCUGGACCAGCUUUUGCAUCGCCCCUGA